GUGGCGUAGGGUCGAUAAAUGACGAGAAUUGACUUCUUCCCGCCGCCUCAGCCCUAUCGGUGAUAUACCCAUCGAGCCCACCUCUCAACUCAUUCAACCGUUAUUCCUCGACCACGACCGAAGUAGAUCCCGACACACCGCAGCACAUCAUGGAAAGACCGCGAGAUGCCCAAUCAACGGGGCACGACCGCCAGCCUUUGAGUGCCUCGUCAGUCGACGGGUCAGGUCCCAAGUCCAACAAUCGCACAAAGGCAGGACUACGUGUUUCUGUGGCUUGUGUCCAAUGUCGCUCAAAGCAUGUCAAGUGCGAUGCUACGCUCCCCUGUUGCUUGCGUUGCAAGGCCGAGGACAAGCCCUGUUUCUACGCCAAGUCGAGACGAGGAAUACGGGAUCCCAAGAAACGAAGCUUGAUAUCAGAUAAACCCCCCGCUACAUCAAGUAGUGGCCCCUUUCUACAGCUAUCCGAGCUUCCAUCGAUUACAAUUCCCAGCCAACCGCUAAGGGGAAUGCUAAGUUGGAACCUCAACCUCAACCCCGACCCUAUGCCAAUGCCAUCAAUAACCCGAGACGACCUGCUGCUCGACGCUUAUUACAAAUACUUCCAGCCGAAUCAUCCGUGGCUUCCCCCCAAACGAGUCUUCGUCCAGCACGUCAAAUCAGACCCUCACUCGAUGGACUUCCUCCUAGCGGUCAUGCGCUUCGUGGGAUCUCUAUAUCUGCCUCAUGUGUUGUCCGACGAUCUCAGAGACGGGGCUUAUGCCUCUGCCUGUGGAACCUUACCAAUGACGCCCCAGACCGUCCAAGGGCUUCUGAUUCUUGGCGUCGUUGCAUUCGGAGAGUCCAAACUCGAAUACCACGCAGGGUGGACGAAUAGGGCCGUGUCGACAGCUCUCGACAUUGGAAUGCAGCGCAAAGACUUCGCAGAAGCGGCAUCAGACCCCGUGAUUGCUGAAAGUUACCGAAGAACAUACUGGGGCUUGUAUUUCCAGGAUACCCUCCGCAGAACGCGGCAACGCGAGCGCGGGACGCCGCUAUGCGAAAUUGCUUGCAGUGUAGACCUGCCAUGUGAGGAGUGGGAAUUUGAAUCAGGGCAAAUCCCAGAUCCAAUGUCCCUGGCAGAGUACGACUUGCAGAACAAUCUUGGAGAAACCGAGUUCUCAUCAUUUUCCCUUCUAGUGGAUAUGUGCCGCAUCACUGGUACUCUUGUGUUGCCAUGUUGUUAUGAUUCGGAAGAGAAAAGGGGGACUUGUUCGACCGAGCCGACUCCCGAAUUUGUGACUGGUUGAUCAAAGUUCCAAAGUGGAAGACGGAGUUGGUCAACGCGGAAGGAGUAGCGGAUAUCCUCCUUCAUUCCGCGAUCGGGUUCGCUCACGUAAAUCGCAUGAGCAUGCGCCAGGUCGGCUUGAGGCAUAAUCUCAACCUCCGACAAGGCUUCUCUCUUGGACCUGCAAGUGGGCCCCAUCGUCAAGCACAGAAUGUCAAAGGCUUCGGCUGGAAUGCGACUCCGGUCGAGAUCCAGGCUGCCAACAGUCUCUGCGACAUGUU